GUACACUACAACAACUAGUCAAAAAUGCAAAGUCACAUACAUGGGCUGUAGAUUCACAUAAGCCAGUAUACAUUGGUGAUGCAGAGUCAACAUUACAUAACAAAAGGGCAUAUUGGAGAAAAGCAGCUUUGGGUUCUAAGAAAAUCACUGAAAUGUUUCUAGCAAAUGAAGCUACUAAGUCUAAUACAAACAAUACAAACAAUGAUGAUCUCACAUUUGAU